GGCCGAAGAGUUCGUGCACGCGCAUGCGUGCCCCGCGCUGGCCAUGCGUGUGCUCGUGGGUGGUGGGACCGGCUUUGUGGGCGGAGCCUUGACCCAGCUGUUGAGGAGUCGAGGGCACGAGGUGACCCAUGUCUCUCGCUGUCCAGGGCCCGACCGGAUCAGUUGGGAUGAACUGUCCCACUCCGGCCUGCCCCCUUGUGAUGCUGCGGUGAACUUGGCUGGUGAGAAUGUUCUCAACCCCCUUCGCAGGUGGGAUGAUGCCUUUCGCAGGGUUGUGAUCGCCAGCCGGGUGGAGACCACCAAGACCUUGGCCAAGGCCAUCGCCGAGGCUGAAAGGCCACCCCGCGCCUGGGUCCUCGUCACUGGCGUAGGGUAUUACCGCCCAAGCCCCACGGCCGAGUACACCGAGGAGAGUCCCGGUGGUGACUUCGACUUCUUCUCGCGCCUGGUGAGCGCCUGGGAGGCAGCAGCUAAAAUCCCCGGGGACGGCACGCGCCAGGCGGUGGUAAGAUCCGGUGUGGUGCUGGGGAAGGGUGGAGGUGCCAUCUCCCAGAUGCUCUGGCCGUUCCGGCUGGGCCUGGGGGGCCCUGUGGGCUCCGGCCUCCAGCCCUUCCCAUGGAUCCACGUCCGGGACCUGGCCGGUGUUGUGUGCCAUGCCCUGGAGACGGAGGGUGUCCGCGGGGUUCUCAAUGGGGUCUCCCCAGCCUCAUCUGGGACCUCCAACGCCGACUUCACCCGGGAGCUGGGCUCAGCCCUGGGGCGCCCGGCCCUGCUGCCCCUGCCCGGCUGGGCAGUGCGGGGUGUCUUCGGGGCUGAGCGGUCUGUCAUGCUGCUGGAAGGCCAGCGAGUGGCACCGAAACGCACGCUGGAGAGUGGCUACUGCUUUGUGUACCCCGACCUGCCCUCUGCCCUGCAGGACAUCGUGUCUUGAGCAGCUGAGGGGGGCUGAUCCCGGUGCCCCAUGGAUGCCUCUGUUUUGGGGGAUCACACAACCCAGCUCUGAGCAUUCUGGCUGUCUUAGCCUGAACUUUGUGGAGUCAUUCAUGAGCCGCCCCCCCCCCCACACACACACACACAAACCCUACUCUCCAGCCUCUUGCUGGGGCUUACCCUGUUCUUAGCCUCCCCAGCCCCCUACUCCCUUCUGAGCCCCUCCAGAAAUCCUCCCUCCCAGUCCUUUGGGGAGCGGGGGCGUGCCCUACUGUGACCCCUCCUGCCCCACCCCCAUCCGUGCUGUGCUGACAGUGUGUUCAGGCUGUUUCCAAGCUCCUGGCCCUUUAUGGAGCUGGGGUUUUGCCGCACAGGCUACUGGGAAUUGUAGUUUUUGGCUGCAGGCCCCCCCUCCCUAUACAGCCUUGUCUAGUUUGCAGUAAACUACUGGUGAGUCAGUUACUGCUGUUUGGGGAAGGGGGUGGGGUGUCACUUGGUCAAUGGUGGUGCUAGGGCUGAGGGGGGAUUCAGAGGCUGCACUGUGCUCAUACAGUCAGUGCUGUCCCCACUGCCUGCAGCUCCCAAUACAAUGAGAGAGACCAGGCAAGGAAUGGGAGCCAGGUGUCCAGGAGGAUAGUGCAGCGUACUCAUCCUUAGUGGGGGUCUGACAGGUUGUAGGGCAGGGAAGGAGAGUGAGGAGUCUGGGAUGGCUAUGCAGGGUGCUUACGCUGAUGGGGCUCUGCAGGUCCCAGCACAAAGAUGGGAACAGGAUCCAGGAGGGCAGUGCAGUGCCUUCACUGCUAGGGGGUCCCACAGUUCUUAGGGGAGGGAUGGGGAAGGUGCCUGGGAACAACUAUUGUGCUCGUGUACAAGCUGAGAGGGCUGAGUCAAGUGGAGACUAGAGCUGGUUGGGCUCUGGAGACCAGACAGUAGCCUGGCCUGGGAUGUGGGUCUGGGUCCCCCAGCAUGGGGCAGUGUAGAUUAUUCCUGUGUGGGCAUAACUGGCUCCAUGCAUGCGGUUGUACCCGUGUAACUGUAGAGGUGAAAUUGCCUCUCUGAUCCAAAUAAUUACACUGCUACCGACUCUGGCUGUAGUCCUGGCCUUCACCCCUCAGAAAACAAUGGCAAAGGACUCCUGGAAUGCUGCCUGUGUAAAAUACACGUGUUGAUGUGUUGCUUUGGAAGACCUUGGCUGACACCUCUUUGAACUGUCCCCUGGGGUCUCUCACUGUCCCUUAUGUGUUUCACUUUGCUUUUCGUGAUGGAAAUUUCUGCCGGCAUCAUUGUUUUGUGGAAAUUUUAUAUUCCACAAAUCCCAAUUGUCCAGCAGGAAACCCUGGUUCAAAUUUUUUCCUCGCUGUCUUAAUGCAACAGUAAGCCAUGGGGUAAAUAAUUAAAGGCUCAGUUACUGCA